AUGGCACCCAGAGUCAAAGACGGCGAGGUAGUACUCGCAUUUUCUGGCAAAUGGGUGUCUUGGACACAUACAAUCGUUGCUUAUGCUGCCUUUCUUAGCGCUCUCGUCGUUGGCGUUUCGUUGCAUUACCGUAAAAUCGUUCAGAAUGAGCACUGGGGUUAUCCAGAGGAAUGGUUUCCCUCAGUUUCGGCGACAAUUGGCGACAGAUACCCAGAGCGGUCAUUUUUCAUGGUCUUCAUAGCCAUCACAUCAGGCCCUCGAUUUGUCCUCGUCGGUUUAUGGUACUUACUCACUGCUCGACCAAACUCUACCCUUCCCAAAUUCGUCGCAUUUACUGGGCUUUUUCGGACGCUUACUUGUGGAGGAUGGACUUACGUCACCUCGACGGAUGACCACGAUUGGCACGAUAUCUUUAUGAUUUCAUAUUUGGUUGCUACACUGCCAUGGACGAUAGGCUGUCUCGCCUUGAGCCCCGAAAAUGCAAAAGCGGUCAAAUACCGUAAAUAUCUUGCCUCUGCAUUUUUUGGAACUCUAGUACCUCUUGUAUACUACUUCAUUCAACACAAGGUCCACAAGGUUGCGGGAGCAUACACCAAAUACGCUUUCUUCGAAUGGGCAUUAAUAUUAUUUGAUGUUGCCUUUGACGCGGUGACUGCGCUCGAUUUUGAAACUUUCGAGCUCGUGGUUAAAGAUGUUAAAGGGGCCAGCAAGGGAAACAACAAGAUAAUAGCCGAUGCAGUUAUCGAAAAGCAAAAGGAAAACCAGGUUGGGCAAGUGUUUGCCCACAAAUUUGCAUGGAGUGAGGCUAUUGAUGCAGCAGCUGAUGUAUACAAUGGCUUUGUUUUUUGGUCAAUAUUGACCUCUUUGGGGGUUGUCGUAUGGUCAACAGAUUUUCCACUUUGGCAUAUGGGCAUUUCUGGUUACGAAAUACUGAUCAUGACUACCAUUUCACCUUUUCUGUUGGGCGUCAAAUCUGUGCGCUCAAUGGUUGUCAAAAAUCUACGACUUUGCCAUUUACUUUCGUCCUUCGGAUUACUAGCGUACCUGGUUGAAAACCCAGUUCUUCGCUUGUUCGUCGUUGGCUUUGCUGUUUGGAUGUCGUGCUUGUCAUGGGCUGCAACUUGGUAUGCUGAAGCGGGUCACCCAGUCAACCUCGAGUCGAGAAUUUCUGCGUGGACGAUUGGCUUAUUAGCUUCGAGCGUCGUGAAAUUCGCUUGCCGUACUAGUAAUCCAAUCUGGCCAAUUUCGCAUUCUACAAAUGGAGGUCUGAAUGGUCUUGGCUUCAUCGUUGCAGUCCUUUCAGUCCUUCGCUCAACUCGCAGAGGGCCACUAGGGGCUGGCGAUCUUACAGCCCAGGGACGUAUGGAAGGGUCAUCGGUGCUUGCUGGAAUGGGAAUUGGAGGUAUUUUCUUCGGACUACAUUCACUACUAUCCGAUUCGAGCACCAUGAUCCUUUGGGUAUGGGAAGGUUAUCCAGUUCGUGGGCCGAUAGCGGCACCCCAUGGUGCGUUGACCAUUGCUGCUAUGGGUGCUGGUCUUCUGUUUGGGAUUUUCAACGAAGAUUUGGCACGUGGGUGGACAACAUAUGGAAUUGGCUGUAUCGGUGCCGCGCUCCUUACUACACGCAGUAACUGGACGGGGUACUAUGGAGCGCUUAUCAUGGCAGUCUAUCUCAUGGCAGUGGCAACUCCAUUGAUCACUUCAGCCGCGAGAAAGAAUCCUGCCACUACGUUUGGUUUUGGAUUGUUGGUCUAUAAUUUCAUGACUCUUUUCCACGUUUGGGUGGUCGCUUAUGCUUUCGUACCGGGCGGGCCUCUUGUACGAGAGCGUACUGAUUGGGUCAUGAUCUCCAAUAUGCUUCUCAUCGGAUGUGGCGUGUUUACAUCUCUCGCGCCUAACCAAGCCGCGCAAAGAAGGCGCUUCGGCGCAUCUCCUAAUUCUCGAAAACAACGUCCGUAUUACAUGUAUGUUCUCGGAGUCCUGGAGCUCUUCGCAGUUGCUAUAGCUUACCUCCGAUUUCCAACGUACGAUUACGUCCCAUACCACAAAGAUGACAAGAUUCUUACAGCAGGAAUUUGGACUAUCCACUUCUCCCUCGAUAAUGACAUGUGGUCCUCAGAGUAUCGUAUGAGGGAUGUCAUCAAGGAGUUGGAAAUAGACGUCAUAGGCCUUCUAGAAUCUGAUCUUCAGCGCAUCAUUAUGGGAAAUCGAGAUACUACGCAAUUCUUGGCCGAAGACUUGGGCAUGUAUGUCGAUUAUGGACCUGGUCCAAACAAGCAUACUUGGGGCGCUGCGUUGUUGUCAAAGUUCCCUAUUGUCAACUCUACUCAUCACUUACUUCCAUCACCCGUGGGGGAGCUUGCACCAGCCAUCGAAGCCACUCUAGAUGUGUACGGUGAGAUGAUUGACGUAUUCGUUUUCCACUCUGGACAAGAAGAAGAUCCGGAGGACAGAAGGUUACAAAGCGAAUACCUCUCCAAGCUGAUGGGUGCAACGCCCCGUCCAGCAAUUCUUUUGUCAUAUCUUGUCACGAAGCCACUAGAGGGAAACUACAAUACUUACGUUUCUGAAACGAGUGGAAUGCACGAUAUCGAUCCUAGCGAUUGGGACAGGUGGUGUGAGUACAUUCUCUACAAGGGACUAAAAAGAACUGGAUACGCUCGAGUAUCGAGGUCUACAAUCACUGACACGGAGAUCCAAGUUGGGAAGUUCGUGAUUGGAGAGCCAGUGCCAGAGGCUGAAAAAGCACGCAACAAGUUAAUAACAGAAGAGGAAGUUCCUGAGGGACGACGUUUCCCUAAGAUGUUUUAUGGUGAGGGAGUGCGGGGACAUUUUUACCACGUCUUCGAUGAGCCGCGAUAUUAUGCUUAA